UAUCGAUUUUCGUUUUUCUUUUUCACCGUUGUUUAUACCUGUGGAGAAUUGAUAUUAGACAUUAGACUGCGCAUGCAUCGUGCAUCUCCUAUUAGAGUCUCGCCGAAGAUUACCGGCCGAUAACGGGCUGUUACAUAAAUCGCUAUCAACGAACACGUCGGUGAACGACGAAAGGGAUAAGUGCGAUUCCAGAAUUACAUCAGUAGUGGGAACACGUCUAUUAUCAUCUAUGGCUCAAGCUCUGAAGACUCACAGAGUUAUUCCAGAUGUGGUGGACAAGGUGCCUGCUAAUGUCUUGAAAGUGACCUAUCCCAAUAAUCUUGCUGUUGAAAUUGGCAAAGUGCUGACUCCGACUCAAGUCAAGAAUCAGCCUACUGUUCAGUGGACUGGAGAAGCGAAUGCAUUUUAUACCUUGUGUAUGACUGAUCCUGAUGCACCAAGCAGACAGAAUCCCAAAUUCCGCGAAUGGCAUCACUGGCUAGUGGGUAAUAUUCCUGGAUCAGAUGUGUCUAAAGGAGAAGUUUUGUCUCAAUACAUUGGUUCUGGACCCCCACAAGGUACAGGCCUCCAUCGAUACGUAUUCCUAUUAUACAAACAGCCUGGCAAGCUCACCUUCGACGAGAAGCGUUUGACUAACCGAAGUGGUGACAAUCGUGGCAAGUUCUCCAUCAAGAAAUUUGCCACCAAAUAUAAUCUCGGCGAUCCGAUUGCCGGUAAUAUGUAUCAGGCAGAAUUUGAUGAUUAUGUGCCGAUUCUCUAUAAGCAACUUGAGGGUUAAGUUUAAAUGUAAUGCAUAUAUUAAUGAUGACAUGUUUAUACAGAAUAAUGUAUAGUCAACUUGGUUGAAUAAAUACACUGAACAUUUUUCAAUA